AUGCACUUUUCUACGGUUGCUAUUGUCCUCGCCGGCGUCACCACUGCCAUGGCAUCUGCUAUUCCAGGCAAGAGUGCUCUUGUGGACCGACAAGUGACUCUGUGCUCUGGCGCCGAUAGCUCAGCAGUCUGCUGCGCAACCGACGUGCUCCGCGUUGCAGACCUCGACUGUGCACCUCCUCCAUCUACGCCGACCAGCAUCGAUGAUUUUACUAGCAUCUGUGCCUCCAUUGGACAGCAGGCCCGGUGCUGCUUGUUGCCUAUCCUUGAGCAAGGUCUUAUCUGCACUUCGCCUGGAAAAUAA